GACUAGACCUUAUCUAUCCCCAAUCUACUUCUUCAGUAAACCUAGACUCAUCACGUUCUUCUUCUUAUUUCUCGUUCCUCUUCCUCAAACCCUAGGUUCACUCUGUAAUUCGAAUUUAUUUAUAAUAAGUUAAUGUAUUGAAGAUCAACAAUGGCAUUCUCGUCUCCACUGGGUUUAGGAGCACAACUAAUUGGUGGUAGGCGUCGCCGACGUCCACACAGCAAGAAGAAGGUUGUGAAAGGAAACAACUUAUCUAGUAAUAUUUCUAGGUUUCAAACUCAUGGUCAUAGUCAGAAAAAGAAGAAUGAAUCGGAGGUUGAUAUUAAAACAGCUACUUCUAGGUUUCAAUUGAAACCCCAUGGUCAUAGUCAGAAACAGAAGAAUGAAUUGGAGGUUGAUAUUAAAACAGCUACUUCUAGGUUUCAAUUGAAACCCCAUGGUCAUAGUCAGAAAAAGAAGAAUGAAUUGGAGGUCGAUAUUAAAACAGCUAGUUCUAGUUUUCAAUUGAAACCCCAUGGUCAGAAAAGGAAGCAGCAAUUUCAAGCUGAGAUUAAGGAGAAGAAGGGCAGAGGUAAUGGUUGUGUCAAUUUCAGUAGUACUAGUAUUUUCAAUUUUAAUGAUAAUCAAGAAGAUGUUAUAGCACGGGAAAUUCUCAGUUGGUUACCGGUAAAGUGCUUGAUAAGAUUUAAAUCUGUAUGCAAAUAUUGGUUUUCAGUAAUUGAAGAAGAUGUUGGAUUUAUAAGUCUACACCUUGAGCGGUCUAGAGCACGACCAUGCCUUCUCGUUGCUAAUUCAAUUGAUAAUCGUUCUAAAUAUGAAUUUAUGACUGCCAGUCUAGUAUUUGGGGAUAAAGGAGCUAUAUCGGCAGCAAAAUUUCACACAAUAAGAGAGAUUGAAUUUGGUGGUCCUGAUUUAAUGUUAAAGCCAGUAUUUGGGUUAAUUGGGUUCUUUGGUGAAAGAAGAGAUGACCCCGGUGUUUGCAUCUUUAACUUAAGUACCCGGAAAAUGACACCUUGGAUUGUAAGCAACUUGUUAAGAGAUGUGCGUAGACAAGACCUUGAAGCGUCUAAUAAAAUUGCAAUGGCUACAUGCACAUUAGGAUAUGAUCCCAUCUCUAAAGAGCAUAAAGUGGUUGGUAUAUGGAGGUCUUCGCAACCUUCUUAUGUAGUUUGUGAGGUGUUGACAGUUGGAGAUAAUGAAUGGAGACGGAUUGAUGAGGUACCACCACAUGAUAUAGAAUUACACGGAUCUUCAGUUUAUAUAAAUGGUUCUAUUUAUUAUACCACUAAGUUUCUUGGAAUGUUUGAAGCCGGUGAAAAGGAGAAAAAAUUCAUAGUGGGAUUUGAUGUUGGAAGUGAGAAGUUUAGAGCAAUUAGGGUCCCUAGCUACAUCUUUGAACAACCUGAAAAUUACAAUUUUCGUUUCUACCAUAUCAUGCUGUUAGAAUUAAAUGGACGCUUAGGUUUAUUUAGUAUACUUGAAAAGAGUGGUUACACACCUAAGUUAUGGGUAUUGAAUGAAGAUAGAAACAGGAAAAACUCAAGAAAUUCUUGGACUGAGGUUUCCAUUCAGCUACCCUACACUUUGGGCGGAGGUCGCUGUGAUUUUGCUUGUGAUCCAGUUCCAGGGACAGAUCAAUUAAUCUUAACCUCUUAUUUGAAAACAUCUGGCGGUAAGAUAUCUGAAUCUACAUGCCAUUCGUAUAAUUGGAAAAAGAAGACGUUCAAUGCAAUUGAUUUCAGUGGGAUUUCCUCAGCUCCUUGUUUUUCCUCUGCAUCAACGGUUGGAUCUUUCUUUGAGAGCCUCUUUCCCAUCCAAAAGCGCAGCUAUAGAGGUUCGGGAGUUGAUGAGCUGAUUGUUGAAGACUCCUCCUGGAAGAGAUAAGUUGGUGGCGAUUGAUUGUUGGACCAAUCUGGGGCUCUUACUGUUACACUGUCUUCAUUGGGUUCUCUUGGUAUGUCUUUUUUGUAUGCUCUAAAUUAUUUUGUCCUCUACACAUGCGGUUCGGGAGUUGAUGAACUGAUUGUUGAAGACUCCUCCUGGAAGAGACAAGUUGGUGGUGAUUGAUCGUUGGAUUAGUCUGGGGUUCUCACUGUCAACAAUAUGUUCUCUUGGUGUGUCAGCAUUAGGUUCUCUUCUGAUGGUUGUCUUAAAUUAUAUGUAGCAAGUACUCUAGAUUAUUUUGUCCUCUACGCAUGCUGUUCUUUUGUUUUUAAACUUUAAAGUUAUAAACUGGUAAUACAAUGGUGGUGUUCAAGUCUUGGUUUC